GACCAUGGAAGUCGUUCUCAAGAAUCUGGUUAUUAUGAGAGAAUGGAUUAUGAAGAUGACAGAUUAAGAGAUGGAGAAAGGUGUAGGGAUGAUUCUUUUUUUGGUGAGACCUCACAUAACUAUCAUAAAUUUGACAGUGAGUAUGAGAGAAUGGGGCGUGGUCCUGGCCCCUUACAAGAGAGAUCUCUCUUUGAGAAAAAGAGGGGCGCUCCUCCAAGUAGUAAUAUUGAAAACUUCCAAUGGACUCUUACCGAAGGGUUAUCCCCAUCUGUGCUCUAUAUGUGAUUUGCCAGUUCAUUCUAAUAAGGAGUGGAGUCAACAUAUCAAUGGAGCAAGUCACAGUCGUCGGUGCCAGCUUCUUCUUGAAAUCUACCCAGAAUGGAAUCCUGACAAUGAUACAGGACACACAAUGGGUGAUCCAUUCAUGUUGCAACAGUCUACAAACCCAGCACCAGGAAUUCUGGGACCUCCACCUCCCUCAUUUCAUCUUGGGGGACCAGCAGUUGGACCAAGAGGAAAUUUGGGUGCUGGAAAUGGGAACCUGCAAGGACCAAGACACAUGCAGAAAGGCAGAGUGGAAACUAGUCGAGUUGUUCACAUCAUGGAUUUUCAGCGAGGGAAAAACUUGAGAUAUCAACUGUUACAGCUGGUGGAACCAUUUGGGGUCAUUUCAAAUCAUCUGAUUCUAAAUAAAAUUAAUGAGGCAUUUAUUGAAAUGGCAACUACAGAAGAUGCUCAGGCUGCAGUGGAUUACUAUACAACCACACCAGCAUUAGUGUUCGGCAAGCCAGUGAGAGUUCAUUUAUCCCAGAAGUAUAAAAGAAUAAAGAAACCUGAAGGGAAACCAGACCAGAAGUUUGAUCAAAAGCAAGAGCUUGGACGUGUGAUACAUCUCAGCAAUUUACCUCAUUCUGGCUAUUCUGACAGUGCUGUCCUCAAGCUUGCUGAGCCUUAUGGGAAAAUAAAGAAUUAUAUACUGAUGAGGAUGAAAAGUCAGGCCUUUAUUGAGAUGGAGACCAGAGAAGACGCAAUGGCAAUGGUUGACCACUGUUUGAAAAAGGCCCUUUGGUUUCAGGGGAGAUGUGUGAAAGUUGACCUGUCUGAAAAAUAUAAAAAAUUGGUACUGAGGAUCCCUAAUAGAGGCAUUGACUUACUGAAGAAAGAUAAAUCCCGAAAGAGGUCUUAUUCUCCAGAUGGCAAAGAAUCUCCAAGUGAUAAGAAAUCCAAAAUUGAUGGUUCUCAGAAGACUGAAAACACAACUGAAGGUAAAGAACAAGAAGAGAAGUCAGGUGAAGAUGGUGAGAAAGAUACAAAGGAUGACCAGGCGGAGCAAGAACCUAACAUGCUUCUUGAAUCUGAAGAUGAGCUACUUGUAGAUGAAGAGGAAGCAGCAGCACUGCUAGAAAGUGGCAGUUCAGUGGGAGAUGAGACAGAUCUUGCCAAUUUAGGUGAUGUGGCUUCUGAUGGGAAGAAGGAACCUUCAGACAAAGCUGUGAAAAAGGAUGCGAAUGCCAGUGCUUCAGCAGCUGCAAAGAAGAAGCUGAAAAAGGUGGACAAGAUCGAGGAACUUGAUCAAGAAAACGAAGCUGCGCUGGAAAAUGGAAUUAAAAAUGAGGAAAAUACGGAACCAGGAGCUGAAUCUGCUGAGAAUGCUGAUGAUCCCAACAAAGACACAAGUGAAAAUGCAGACAGCCAAAGUGAUGAAAACAAGGAGGACUAUACAAUCCCGGAUGAGUAUAGAAUUGGACCAUAUCAGCCCAAUGUUCCUGUUGGUGUAGACUAUGUGAUACCUAAAACAGGGUUUUACUGUAAGCUGUGUUCACUCUUUUAUACAAAUGAAGAAGUUGCAAAGAAUACUCAUUGCAGCAGCCUUCCUCAUUAUCAGAAAUUAAAGAAAUUUCUGAAUAAAUUGGCAGAAGAACGCAGGCAGAAGAAGGAAGCUUGAGAUGUGCAAGAAGCUUAAUGAUUUCAAAGAAAAUAAUGGUUCUUUGUUUUUAAUGUUAACCUUUUUUAAAUACAAUAUUGAUAGUUAGAAGAAAACUAUUGUACUCUUUUGUUUUAGUGAAAAAUAAUAGAUGUCUGUUCAUGUGUUAAGUGUUAUAGCAAAAAUAUACCUACGGUUAAGUUAAUAAAGAAUUGUUUUUUGUUUUAUCAGAAUGGUAACAGACAGAAGUACUUUGUAGAGACUGACUUUGUAAGCUACUUAGGACAACUUGCACCACUAAGAAAUGUAGAACCAUUAAGAGAAAUGAAAUUUAGUAGUUCCAAGCUUCAAAGAAAUGUCAAAACUUUUGAUUCCAUUCAAUAAAGAACAAAACCAAUUGUAUUUUUAUUUCAUCUGAAACAUUCCACAUUUCAAUCUGAGCCUUGCAGACUUUUUGUUUGGAGUUUGAAGCUUUUUUUCAUUGAGUUUCAUUUUUGGAGAACUUCGUUGAUGUGAGAUUGGUGAUUAAAAUGCAGGUGCAGUUUUCUUUUAAUGUCAUGCUGUUGUUUAGGUGAUAAAAAGUAAAUGGCUUUAGAUUUUGUAAUUUUUUUUCCCUAAAUUCCUGCUAGGUUUUGUAUUCUAGUAGUCAAAUGUAUUUUCAGUGAAAUGUAAGAAUAUUCCUGUUCUCUUUGACCAGUAUUAAUUUCUUGAGAUCUUACUGCUUGUCACUUGAAUCCUGUAGUUGUCAUACAUCUGGUAUAAGCAACAUUUGAUUUUUGAAGUGUGUAGACCAUCUCUUCAUAUUUUCAAGAUGUAAUUUUACAUUUCUGCAUUUUAAAAAGUUUGGCCAUAAUCUAGACGCACGCUUCUAAUUCGUAUACCUGCACAUGUGACUUUUGUGAACAGAAAUUUGCAUGUAUAAUCUGUGUUUACUUGUAACUUUCUGGUUAUAUACUGCUUAUAUCUGUGGAUUCAAGUUUCUGAAGUGAAUACCAAUAAAAAAAGAAAAAUCUAGGUCAUGUUUAUUGGUUAUACAUGUUUGGAAUGUUAACAUAUUCGUUGGUUAUGGUUUUUAUUCACUGUUACACUUCUGCAUGCUUUAACAAAUUAUUGCUGUUUUCAUCUAGAGUGUUCUAAAGACUGCUUACUAAAGAACUGAGUUUUAAAUGUU